UCAAAAUGAAAAUUCAGGUUUCGCCGUUCGGACGUUCACUUUGAAUUUUGCUGCCCAAGUGCUGUGUAGUUAAGUCGGAAUAUUUCGUAUAGUUCUCGUCGACGUCGUGUGACAUUUGUUCUUCAAUUCAGAAACGCAUAUUGAAACACAGCGAUAAUACAAGUUACGAAUAUUCAACAAAACAAAAAAAAAAAAAGAAACACAAAAUAAAACCAACCAAUUAAAAUUAAAAAUUCAAAUUCGCUUCAAAAAUAUAUAUUACAAAUAUAACAACCAAUUUAAUCAAAACCAAAUUCGCCACAAAAAUCGCAAACAAAGUUUACAAAAUUCGUUUACUCAAUCCCAUAACACAAAACAAAAAAAAAAAAAAAUAAAACAAACUACAACUAAUGCAAAUAUAUAACUGUUAAAAUCUAAACGAGCAGAAAAAUCAGAGAGAAAAAAAAUAUAAGAGAGAUAGAGAAGAACACGCGUGUGUUUAAAUACUGGAAAAUACAGAUAAGAUAAAUUAUUAUAAACACUAAGCCAUACACACAUUAUAGCAGGCUAAACCACACGAAAAAUACAUUAAAAUCAAUAAGUAACAAGUACAGAAAAGACAGUUCAAGUGAAAUACCGAAACGAAACUUUACAAAAAAGUGCUUAAAAAUAUAAACAAAAAAUUGGAAAACUCAGACAAAUAAACAACGGCCAUUUUCAGAGGAAGAAAAACCGAAAAGCUUCCAGAGAAUCGGUGAAAAUCGUUAACAAUUUUUUCUCGCAAAGGCGCCACGUCCAAGAGCAAAUCGUUCCAUAUGGUUCAUAUUAUUGAAUUGGUCGGCCAGCCGAAGGUUGAGUUUGCUCAACAAGUUACUGUAAGUUGCCAUCAUCCAUUAAUACCACCAGCCAUCAAAUUAAUGAACCGUGCUUUACAGCUGAAGCCAGCUGAAAAUGAAAGUCGCAGCGAGCAUUUAGAUCGCAAGCUGUUCGUUGGCAUGCUCAGCAAACAACAGACCGAAGACGAUGUUAGACAAAUCUUCCAUCCGUUCGGCACUAUAGAGGAGUGCACCAUACUGCGUGGCCCGGACGGAGCUAGUAAAGGCUGCGCUUUCGUCAAAUUUGGUUCGCAGCAGGAGGCCCAGUCAGCAAUAACCAACCUACACGGAAGUCAAACUAUGCCGGGUGCAUCCUCCAGUUUGGUCGUCAAAUACGCCGACACGGAGAAGGAGCGACAAAUAAGGCGCAUGCAGCAAAUGGCCGGUCACAUGAACCUGCUGAAUCCGUUCGUCUUUAAUCAGUACAGUCCGUACGGCGCCUACGCUCAGCUUCCCUCUCCACCGGAACUGCAGCAGCAACAGCAGGCCGCCUUGAUGGCCGCCGCCGCCACGGCCCCCGGCUCCGCCGCCGCCUACAUGAACCCCAUGGCGGCCCUGGCAACGCAGAUACCUCACGGCCUCAACGGCACCGGCCAGCCCCCCUCGCUGCCCUCGCCGACCAUGCCCAACUUCAACAUGGGCGCCAACACGCCUAACGGACAGCCCGGCGGAGCGGCCGCCGCUGCCGCCGCCGCGGACGGCGUCUUCACGAACGGCAUUCCACAAACGGCAUUCCCAGGACCCACUGAACUAUUUCUUGCAGAUCCGCUGCACUUGACUAUACCGCCACAAGGUUUGCCAAACGGCGAUGCUGCUACGCUGCAACAUGCCUUCCCUGGUCUGCCACCGUUUCCAGGAGUUGCCUUUCCCGCCGUCUAUGGACAGUUUCCACAAGCUUUACCACCUCCCCUAGCGGCGGUUGCACCCACUCAGCGUGAAGAUUUUCUGAUGUUCCCAGGAUGUUCGAUAUCUGGACCCGAGGGCUGCAAUCUCUUCAUCUACCAUUUGCCCCAAGAGUUUGGCGAUGCCGAGUUAAUGCAAAUGUUCCUGCCCUUUGGCAAUGUGAUCAGCUCCAAGGUCUUCAUUGAUCGUGCUACAAACCAGAGCAAAUGUUUCGGUUUUGUUUCAUUCGAUAAUCCCGCCAGCGCUCAAGCGGCCAUUCAGGCCAUGAAUGGCUUCCAGAUUGGCAUGAAAAGACUGAAAGUUCAAUUGAAGCGGCCAAAGGAUGCCAGUCGACCCUAUUAACAAUCGGAGUUCCUUAAACGCAAUUCACAACAACAAAUACAACAACAACAACAGCAAAUACAGCCAACUGGAGGAAGAACAUCAGUAACAACAGCUUUGCCAACAACUAACGCAUUUUCCACACCGGCAGCAACUUCCGCAUCGGCGACAGCGACAACAACAGCAGUCCACUAUAAUAACCACCUUGGCAGCAGCUUUAGGCCAACUUUAACCAAUGGAAACCCUCACAGCCACAACCACAAUGCCCAUAUUCCCUAUACAUUUGCCAGCUGGCGCAGUGGCACCUAUUGUUAUCACAACAACAAUAAUAACGACAACUGUAGCGACAACAACCACAUCAACAAUAGAAUCGAUCCUGACAACCAAUCCAACGAUCCACCCAACACAAAUUGCUCCAAAGUGGAACUAGUCGAGAAACUAUUCAUGUGGCAACAGCAGAAGCGAAAGGCCUAAAGGCAACACAUCAACGUCAACCACAACAGCAACCACAACAACUGCAGCUACAAUAAGGAGCAACUAUUGAUGGGAUGGUCGUCAGCCAUGCUAUGUGAAAACGAUUAUAGAAAUUAAAAACAUGCAAGGCGUAUGUAAAAAAAAAAAAAUAAAAAAUAGAAAACAAGAAAAAUGUAAAUUAAAAAAAGAAAACACCUUAGAGCUGAAAAAUUGAAUAGAUUUAUAUAUAUAAUAUAUUUAUAUAUAUUUAUCCGAUUAUACAUUCAACUGAAUGCAGUACAGAAGUACAUACAAAAAUAAUAAUAGAAAACCAACAAAAAACAAACAAAAUUAUAAAAUUGAGAAAAUUAGAAAGAAUGACAGAAUUUUUGCCAAAAUAUCGAUUUAAUAAAAGUAUAUAUUUAUAGAAGCAAGGAACAAACAUUGAUAUUGAUAGUUUUGUUAACAACUAAAGAACAAGAACAUUGCACACCAGUACACUCCCACACAGAACACAAAACUUGAGACAAAAACUGACUGGCAAGAGACCAAAAUUAUCUGGGUUUUCAAAUAAAAAAAUAAAAAAAAGAACAAAACAAAAUAAAACAAUUAAGGACGAUAAGAGCAGCAACCAUUUUAUAUGAGUAAUUGGUGAUGGGAAUUUAUAAAAAUUAACAAAUCUGCGCAAGGAAAAAAUUAGUUGAAAAACAAAGCAAACACAAAAGAACAACUAUUAAAACUGAAUUUGUUAAUCUGAUGAUGAACUCGAUCGGAGUUUACAGUUAAUCGAGUAAAUAGAAGGCAGCAGUAAAAGGAAAGGGUUAAAAUAUAGAAGGGACAUAGAAGCAGUUAGGUGAGAAAGAAGACAAAGUAGGUCUGCAACUUUUUAGCAUUUAGUGGUAAGCAAAAGGGCAAAGAUUCAACAGAUGCAUAAACAGAUUAUAUGUACACAUGAAAAAUUAACACAAAAAUUCGAAUUUAAUUAAUUUUAAGUAAAACAAAACGGAUAUAGGAAGUUAGAACUAGACGGAGCAGAGCAAGCCACUUAAUAUGCGAAAUGCUUUGAGGGCUAUGUCCAAACCCAAAAGGGUUUGAUCAGCCUGACCACAAGCGAAAAUAUCAUUUUUUAUAAUAUAUAUAAAUGAGUACUAAUUUUAGAAAUAUUAUAAUAUGGAUUUGUUAGAAGUAUUGGAGAGAAUCAAAGUGAAGAAAACUAAACAAAAAACAUUGAAAAGAUUUAUGAAAUACAAUAUCUACAGCGAUCAUUUAUGUUGGCCUAUAUUCUCUGAGGGAGAAAAUUUCUCUAAUUGUUUCAACUUCUCGAUUUUUUUGAUUCGAUAUUGUUUGGUUUUAAAUUGUAUUAAAAAAAUCGUAAACGAUUUUAUAGAAUAAUAAACAAAAUUUUGAAUAAAAUCAAACAACAACUUUACACUUAAACUUAGCUGCUUUCAACAAAAACAAUUACAGGUACUUACAGAUAUACAUGCAUAUAUAUAUAUAUAUAUAUAUAUAUACAUAGAAAUAUAUAAUAAAAUCGAGAAAAAACCAAAAAAUUAAAUAAAAACACAAGGAAAAUAAAAACAAAUAUAAAUAGGGCUACUGAAAGAAUGGAAAACAUAACAAACAUUUUGCUAUGAAAGUAUUACUAUAAAAAUAUAUACAAAAUAGAUAUACAGAACAGCAGAAAACUGAAAGUUUUGGCCACUUAUUUUCACAACCAGCUCCGAGAAAGAUACCGAUACAGAUAAUGAAUCAGAUUCCGAUAAAGUUGACCAUAGCGCGCCCUAGCCAGACUAAGCAAAACUAUUUAACACUAAGCAUAUAUUAAUUAUUAUUGAUUGUUAAUAUAAACAAAAAAUUGCCAUUAGAAUUUUUAUCACAGUCAAAAAGAAUGCAAGUAUUUUUUAGCAAAACUAGAGAAUUUAUCACGGCCUAUUAAAUUUAUUCAAUAUUCUUUGUUUUGUUUCCCACACUGACAAAGGACGACACAACACCCCCGCACACCUAAGCCGAAAUCUAACUAAAUAUUAUUGUCAAUAAGAAACAUAAACGAUGAGAUCUUUAUCCGACAUUUACUCAACUGUCUGUUGAAUCGAAUCUUAAACAAUUUAGCAGCAAAAUCUGUACAAAUGCAAGAAUACGAAGGGGAGAAGGACCGAUGAGUCAAAUCUACAGCUAAAUAUGCCAAAAACUAAGAUUAUGGAUAGUGAAAGGAUAAAGGACGAGGGAAGGUGGAAGGUGGAGAAAAUUAACAAUUAUUUAGAGUUUGUAUAGUGAAAAUGAUAAGUUUAGAGUCGCCUAGUCUGUGGGUUCUGCAGAUGAGCAUUCGUCUGAGGAACGUAUUUGAUACUAAAGAUAUAAAAUUUAAAUAUUAACAAAUAUAAAUAUAAAAAAUAUAAGAAAUAUUUAAAUAUGAAAUGAAAAUUGUUAUCAGAGUUAAAGUUAAUUUUGUUACCAGUGCAAUAAAUACUUUGGUGCAGAUACUUAUGGGUUCCCUCUCAACCAAUAUCAAUAUCAAUUUCAGUUUUUAGUUACAGCUUACAGCUUACAUUUCCGUUGUGAGUAUUGCCAGUCGAAUCACUGAGACAGUAUUAGAAAUCUGGGCAAAUAGGUUAUGGGCCAGAGUGGGGGGAAAUAUAAUUAUAUUCAAGGUCAAAUCGAUUUAAUCUGUUCAAUUUUCUCCUCUUUUGAAUCACAAAAUGUUAAGCCUCGACAGGAGUAAUAUUGUAAAUAUAGAAAAUGAAACCUAAAGGCGGAUGAAAGUCCCACACUGAGAAGAAACGAAUGAAAAUGGCAGUUAUUUAACGACACAUGCAUACAAGUAUAAUUAUAUACCUACAAACAUACAAGUACAUAACAUAUAUGAAAAUUAUCAAACUGAUUUUAGCGCCUAUUCAAAAGUAGUUCAGCCAGAGACACCCAACAAUUUUGACAGCUUUGAAUUAAAAUGCUAAACUAGAAUUUUACUUCGGAAAAACUCAUCCAAAUACACGAACACACUACAUGUAUUUACGAUCUUGUAUGAAUCGAUCUAGUCAAAUUCAAGUUAAUUAUUGCAUAAAGAAAAUUAAAACUUAAUGAAGAAUAAGAAAUAUAAAAACCAAGUCAAACUAUUGAGAUAAUAAUAAUUUACUAUUAUUAUGUACUAUGAUUAUGAUUAACGAAUUAUGAUUUAUCUAUGUAUUGAAAAUACGAACACAAGUAUUUAAAUUAAUAUAUAAAAAAAUUAUUAUUACAAUUAUUAUUAUUAUAUGCUAUUAUACAAACAUUUUUAGAUCAUAUACACUAUACUAUGAAACAUACGGAAUCAAGCAAAAUAAUACAUUUUGUGCUAAACUGAUUUUGGCAAAAUUAUGCAAAUUAUAUACCAAGAGGAAGGAUACUAAAACCCUAAAUUAUCGUAACUAUUAUUUCUAAAGCAUAACACACAAUAAACUAAACUAAACCAAGAGAAGCAGAACAAAUAAAAGAGAAAACAAAUUGAAAAACAAAAAUACAAAGCAACCAAACUUGUUUUAUUUUAUAAUUAUUUUCCGCGUCUGUAACAUCCGGCUUUUGAUUAAUUUCAAUUGGCAGAUACCAGGACAGACCUAGUCUCAUACCCUCAAAAAAAAAAAACAAAAAAACCAAACCACACUAUCCCAACCCGCAACAGAGGACUGAGAAUUUGGCAUAAUCCACUUCCCUCCGAUUUAAAUAUCGUUUACCCAAUGUUCUCCCUUAAGUAUCUUUUGAUAAAAACAACUAAAACACGAAAACCAAAACACGAAAAGGGCUGUGACACGAACGUUUAACAAAAAGUGUGAACAAAAUCAAAUUUAUUUAUCAUUUGCGCUUGGUUUGUUUUAAAUGAUCAUUUUAAAGAGCGGUGAUAACAAGCAACCACUAAAGCCAAAUCAAAAUUAAAUCGAUAAACGAAUAAAAUACAAUAUAAACGAACAAUUAAGUCGCUUAAUUCAAAUUCGAAAUGAAAUGUGAUGAAAGCAAAAAAAAAAAAAAAAAAACAAACAAAAACAACAAGAA